UGUGGUCACGUGACUUUACGGAAGUACAAAACAAGAUGGCAUCGCAGGGUAGCGGGGAUCAAGGGAACACAAAAGAUCAGAUAGUGGAAGUAGGAACUUUAUUGUUAAAGGAUUUCAUCUACGAGCGGGUUCGGCAACAUGCAGGUAGUGGCGACGCUGUAGUGACAAGGGAGCAGCUGGGUUCAACAGAGCUGAUCGACCCGAACCACAAGAAGCUCGCUCAGUGCCUACAACAAAUUGGAGAUGAGCUGGAUGGAAAUGUAGAGCUUCAACGGAUGAUAAAUGACUCGGCACUUAGUCCUUCGAAGGAUGUCUUUAUGAGAGUCGCCAUUGAGAUCUUUUCAGAUGGAAAAUUCAACUGGGGCAGGGUGGUUGCACUCUUUUACUUUGCCUGUCGGCUCGUUAUCAAAGCUCUAAUUACCAAACUUCCGGAUAUCAUCAGAACAAUAAUCACCUGGACGAUGGACUACCUCCGGGACAACGUGAUCGGCUGGAUAAGAGAUCAAGGCGGCUGGGAGGGUAUCCGUUCCCAUUUUGGCACACCUACAUGGCAGACAGUGGGAGUUUUCUUGGCCGGUGUUCUAACCACUGUUAUAGUCAUACGCAGAAUGUGAGAGACAUUCAAAGAGCGGAUGGAAGAAAGAUGGGAAGAGUUACAACCAAGAGGACAGAAGCGAGAUAAAAGAAGAUGACAGGGUAACAGGAAGAUGUUAAGGCAGAGUGAUCAGGAGGCACUCGUAUUUGGAGCCCUGGUCUUUGUCUCCCACUUGAGUGGAAAAUUGGGAGUUGGACUUUAAGCACUGUUCACAAAGCGAUUUAAGGAGUGAGCUGUGCGUGAUAACGUGUGCAAACUCAAAGAAAAGGAAAGGAAUUCAGACUUGAAGAAAGAAAGUUUUAUGUAACUUAUUUUUUAUUUGGUACAAAGUCACUGCACUCAUUUCUGCCAUCAAACAAUAUCUUGACAAAAAAAAACUGUUCAAAGAUGUUUUUCUGUUGUUUUAGUUGUAGUUCUUUCAAGACAUUUUGCUUUUCUGAUCUUCCCAGUCACUAUUUAUGUCAUCAUUAUGUCCGUAUGCUAGCAAUUUUAUAUCCAUAUGAAUUUGUGAGUCACUGGUUGAAAUCUUUUAAAAUCAAUGUUAGACAAGGCGUAUUUGCAACCCCUUUAUUAGAGCACUUAAAAGGUGAUGUAGGUAAAAGACUACUCUCACCUAAAGUAAAACCAGCAGCUAAUUAAUGCCCGUGUCUUCCCAUAAAAACACAGCUCAGCUUUAUUUCAGGGGUUUAAAAAAAAGUGCCACACCAGAGUUGUGUAUAAAGUUUUGUUUACAUUUAAUGAAUCAUUUCAAGGUUAAAGACAGAAACCUAGUAAAAUGAAUUAAAUCAUUUCUUUUCUAUAGAUACAAUCAAUUGCUGUUUUGAGGUAUUUCAAUAACCACAAGCUUAUUGUGGCUCCCAGUUUUGUUUUUGUAGAAGCCAUGCGUCAUGAGUAUAAAGGGACAUGUGCUUCAUGCUGCAAACAGAGCAAUGGACUGCUCAGAUACUUACCUCAAUUUUGACACAAUCGAAGGACUGUAUUUUUACAUCAGUUAUUCAGUCUGCUGCAACGUUGUUUACGCAGCGGAAUGAUUUUGAUACAUUUCUUUUCGUCAGUGCCUUGGUGUUUUCGUUUUUAAAUGACGAGUCUUUUUGAUAUUAUCAAGUUCCCUGCUUUUCUAUCACAUUUGUAAGGCUCACACUGAUUCCGAUUAUCCCUGAAAGGUUUUUUUCGCAGUGACUUUUAUGUUGUAAUACAGAAAAUAAAUGUUUUAAUUCUU